UAGACGCAAACAGAUUGAGCGCAGGUACCAGGAGAAGGCGCCCGCUGAAAAAGUGAACUUGCGCUCUUUCAAUCUUCCAAGUGAGAGCCUUAGUGGGUUUCGGAAGACUGUGUGUCGCGAAAUUUGUAUCCGGACGCGAUCGCUUCAAGUAAUUCACAGUAUCAACUUGCCAAGCGUCUUCGACAACAGUUGCCGUCUAACCUCGCUCUACAACGGAAAAUAUUUCACAGAUCCGCUCCCAGUUCGUCUAUCUUAGGUUGAUUCUCUAAGGAGAAUUCUAGAGGAAUAGCAUGGCAGGUUCCACGCUUCCCGAAUCGGCACAAAAUUCCGCCCAGCAGGCUCUCAACGCGGCAAUUGCUGACUCGUCACUACCCCCUAAACCAGCUGGCUCUGAAGCCGACUUUGGAUUGAAUGAAGAUGAACAGAUUCUUGAGCUUCAAUCUUCUGCUCCAGGCAUCGAUAGCGACCGUUCCGUCUUUGACGAUCCUCAUACGUUCACUGUAAAGCAUCCCUUAUACUCUUCCUGGACACUCUGGUACGAUUCUCCCCACAUCAAAACUACAGGCGCCCCCUCCACACCGAGUUCAUCAGUCCCACACACUCCGUCUACCACUGCCUCGAAUUGGAUGGAUGUCAUAAAGAAAGUCGUAACUUUCGAUAGCGUGGAAGAGUUCUGGGGUCUACAUAAUGCUGUCGUACCUCCUUCUGGAUUGCCUCAGAAGGCGAACUAUUAUUUAUUUAAGGAUGGAAUUAUUCCCGCUUGGGAAGACUCAGCUAACAAGAAUGGUGGUAAAUGGAGCGUGCAGUUCCCCAGACAGAAGAUCGCGAAUUCGAUUGACCAAAUGUGGCUAUACACGAUGCUUGCAGCGAUAGGCGAAACGUUUGACCCUGCGUUGUCGGAGGCGGCCAUGGGAGCUCAGUCAGAUACAGCCCCUCCCAGAUCGAUUGUUACAGGCGUCAUAUGCUCAGCUCGACCAAACUUCUAUCGAUUGGCGAUAUGGACGCGACUGGCAUCCCCAGAAGUGCCCCUACAAUUGAGUUCCGCUGAGGAGGCAGCCAUUGCAAAUGGCGCCCUGCACCCCAGUGAAGCCGGGCCUGCGUUACAGCAGAGGAUCGCGCACUUGGGGUUAACGUUCAAGACGAGCAUCCUGGGUUUCCAGAAGGAGGAGAAACUUGGAGGAGGGUUAGCGAGCGAAUUAGAGUUCCAAAGUCACAAAGAUAGCGAGAGAAAAACCAAAGGUACAAAGAAGUGGGUUAUAUGAGUGCUCGGGAUGGUGUCGUAGCUUUUCUCUUGGUUUUCAUCAAUUUUCAUUCCAUUGUGCCGUCCAAAGUACAUCUUAUGUAGUGGUAGCAAUGAUGCUUUCCGGUCUCGCUGCAUAACCCAUCCAUGACUUAGGCAUCAGUUAGCAACGAGUCUAGAGGUCUUCAUCAAUAGCAGCUUACUUCGUCAUAUAGAGCAGAAUUCACCCCCAGUCGCUGAAGCGCCAGCCAAAUGAUGGCAGCAGUCAUUCCAGAUCCGCAUGUAUUAACAAUUCUGACUUUCGAACCAGGUUGAAGA